AUGGCCUCUCCCGUCGCAACCCAACAGCAUCCCCUCCCCUCUCCGCCUCCAGCUUAUCUCCGAUCUUCUCCUCCGUUCCCCUCACAGGAAACCACUCCGCGCACCAUCCCUUCAUGCCCGCAAAAUUUGACUCUAUCUCGUAAGCCGGUGCCAGUCCCGCUGGUGACCUCGGUAUCCGAGGACUCCCCGGUGAUCCAGGAAUCUCCGCGGUCCCCCGUCAAAAUUGACCACGGGACAGAGCUUCCCCAGGCUUCCACGGCGCAGAUUGAACAUCUGCCCAAUAGUCCCGAAACACCACAGCUUGAGCUGCCCGAGUUCGCGGGACUGUCAAUCGAGGAUUCGACACAGCCGCAACAUGGCUGGAAUCCGGCGUUUCCCCCGCGAAAGGAUUCGGUGCAAGCCCCGCAUUAUGCGCCGCAACAGCCGUAUGGCCAUACUCCUGCGAGCAGCGGGUCGUGGUCAAUGAUGGAGUCUCAAGUCAAGGAGGACAGUCACGAAAAUCCGAAAAAGAGCGGGUCGUCGCUCGAGCAGGGCCUGAGCCACAACAGUUCGUCUCGAGGCAGUCUCGAGAGCGAAGUGCAGACCUCGGAUGGCUAUGAGCCUCUUGCCUAUCACCACCAGCAACAGCAAAAUGUACCGCCAACUCAUCGCCACUCCACAAUCGGCAUGAACUUGGAGCCUUCGGGCUCCACGGACAAGCUGGCGGUACGGCGAUCACGACUGUCACGACCUCUCUCCACAUAUUCCUCGGCGUCCGAUCUGGGAGUGGGCAAUCAUCGCCGCAAUCUCUCUGCUUCGCCAUAUAUGCAAGGCCGGUCCUCGUCGCGCAACUCCACUGCAUCCCCAGACAAUCGCUCUCUUUCAUUCAUCGACCUGUUGAAUACCUCCUAUCCCCAGCCUGGUCCCACAGCAUCCCAAUUCGACAAUUCCCACCUCCGCUCCUCCAUCGGCACACAUGCCUCGCUGCUCAGCCACAAGCAAACAUUCGAGAUGUACCUCGCAAAUGUCAAAAAGACCGAUGAGGCCGCGGUGCAGUAUGAAUUCGCCAUCUUCAUGAUCAACUCGAUGCGUGAGAUGCCUGCCGUCGACUUGGAGGACUCCACUUCCAUCACGCGUCAGCGGCUCAUGCGGGAAGCCAAAUCCAUCCUUCAGCGCCUUGCAGACCGAAGUUACCCUUUUGCCCAGUACUACCUCGGCGACGGGUAUGCCUCCGGGCUUUUCAACAAAGGCAAGAGCGAUAACGACCGUGCAUUCACCCUUUUCAUCGCCGCCAGCAAGCACGGGCAUAUCGAGGCGUGCUACCGUACUGCACUCUGUUACGAGUUUGGCUGGGGUUGCCGUGCCGAUGGAGGUCGCGCCGUGCAGUUCUAUCGCCAAGCGGCGUCAAAGAAUCACCCUGGUGCAAUGCUCCGCAUGGCAAACGCAUGUUUGGCCGGUGACAUGGGGUUGGGAAAACGGUACCGGGAGGGCAUCAAAUGGAUGAAGCGCGCCACGGAGUCAUCUGAUGCGCAGUACAACUCGGCGCCGUAUGAGCUAGGUCUGAUGCACGAAACCGGUUACGGUGACGAUGUCUUCAUUGACGAGUCCUAUGCCGCGCAGCUGUACACUAAGGCAGCCGAACUGGGCCAUGUCGAGGCCGCCUAUCGGCUUGGUGAUGCCUAUGAGCAUGGUAAACUCAAUUGCCCGCGCGACCCGGCUCUGAGCAUCCACUUCUACACAUCUGCCGCACAGGGCGAGCAUCCGCUGGCAAUGAUGGCGCUGUGUGCUUGGUACCUCGUGGGCGCGGAACCAGUGCUCGAAAAGGAUGAGAAUGAGGCGUACGAGUGGGCGACUCGCGCAGCUUUCAAAGGUCUGGCAAAGGCUCAGUACGCCGUUGGCUAUUUCACUGAAAUGGGCAUUGGCUGCCGUCGCGAUCCGCUCGAGGCGAAUGUCUGGUACGUCAAGGCAGCCGACCAGGGCGAUGAGCGUGCGAAGCACCGUAUUGCGACAAUUCGGGCAGCUGCCGACGGCGCCAGUCCAGCCACAGGGACCCGGAAGGGCGGGCGGCUCAGGAAGUCUGAAGGAAAAGGCCAGGGUGAGUACCUUGGUCUCGCGAUCACGAAUUUUGGACAGUCAAAUCAAUGCUAA